AUGAAGUCUUUCACUCUUGCUUCUGCCUUCCUCGCCGCUGCGGCUGUUGCCCAGCCCCACGGUAACCCUCACGGAAUCCACCACCGCCGUCACCACCAGAACGACAAGCGUGAUGUCGUCACCGAGGUUGAGUGGGUGACUGAGGUCGAGUACGUUACCAAGAUGGUCGAUGCCACCACCACCGUCUGGGUCCGUCCCGAGGCCGCCACUGCUGCCCCCGAGGUCGAGGAGACCCCCGAGGCUGAGCCCGUUCCCGUUGCUCCCAAGAAGGAGAAGAAGCCUGCUCCUCCUCCCGCUCCUACCACUACUAUGGUUACCAGCGUUUACACUCCCCCUCCCCCUCCUCCUGAGCCCACUACUGAGGCUGAGGUCGUUGCUCCCGAGCCUACCUCUGAGGCCGCUGCUCCCGUUGUCACUACUCAGGCUCCCGAGCCCAAGCCCGAGCCUAAGCCUGCUCCUAAGCCCGUUGUCAAGGCCCCCAAGAAGGAGCCCGAGCCCGAGCCUGAGACCGAGACCGAGGAGCCUGAGACCGAGGAGCCUGCCGCUCCCGUCCAGCAAGAGAAGGCUGCUAAGCCCGCCUCUGGUGGCAGCUCCGGUGGCUCUGCCAAGCACGGAGAGUUCACUUACUACGACAUCGGCCAGGGUGCUUGCGGUGAGGACGACUCCGGCAAGGACGACUCCAUCAACAUUGUCGCUCUCUCUCACCUCCUGAUGGGCCCCUCUUCCAACAACAACCCCAUGUGCGGUAAGACCAUCACCAUCAAGGCCAACGGAAAGACCGCCCAGGCUACCGUCAAGGACAAGUGCAUGGGCUGUGCCGUCAACGACAUUGAUGUCAGCCGCAAGGUCUACAACGAGAUCUGGGGCAGCCUCGACUCUGGCCGCUCUGAGGUCGAGUGGUGGUUCAACUAA